GUUGACACGUGAAGACUACCAAAGAACUCAUAAAGCCUGAAAUGUACACUCAUGUUGUCUCGGCUGCAAGAUGCCUUGCUGGAUUCAGUGGUGAAACUGGCAAAUAUAAACGUCCGUCUCUAGCUCGCAAAGUUGGACAUGGCUUGCAUGCUUUAGCCAUGUUUAUCAAAUCUGAAGGAUUGAAGAUGAAAGAUCAACAGACUGCCAAAGAUGCUGAGGAAUUUGAACUGCUAUACCAAUAAAGUUGGAAAUUUGACAUUGCAAGUCAAGCGCUAACUCAGCUUAACCAGACCAAGGGGAAUUCUCCUCAGAUUCUACCAUUCACACAGGAUGUCCAAAGACUGCAUUGCUAUUUGUCUGAGAAACAGCAGAAGCAAUUGAAUGCCCUGCAAGAAGAGCCUUCUCCCUUGAACUGGAAGGACCUUGCUAGAGGGACCCUGGCGCAAGUUAUCCUCUUCAACCGACGAAGAGCAGGAGAAGUAUCCCGAAUGUCCUUGUCGGCGUUCAUGUCAAAGGAUACAUCAAAAACACAUGAAGAUGUUAACUUAGCCCUUACAGCACUCGAGCAGAAGCUUUGCAAACAUUUUGUUUGGAUUGCCAUAGUAGGAAAGAGAGGGAGGAAAGUCCCUGUUCUCCUUACCCCGGUCAUGAGAGAAUCGAUCGAUACUCUGACUGAAAAGCGAGAAGAAUGUGGUGUACUGCGUGAAAACGGAUACUUGUUUGCAUUGCCGCUCUCUGUACAUUACUUGAGGGGUUCCGAUUGCAUUAGGCAGUUUGUGAAUGAAUGUGAUGACCUCAAACAUCCCAAAGCGCUAACCUCAACAAAACUUAGGAAACACAUUGCUACUCUGUCAACUGUUCUGAAUCUCAAGACUACAGAACUCGACCAAUUGGCAGAUUUCCUUGGGCAUAACAUAGAGCUCCACAGAAAGCACUACCGCCUUCCAGAGGGCACCCUCCAGCUAGCUAAAAUAAGCAAAGUUCUUCUAGCGCUGGAACAGGGACGGCUAGGAGAAUACAAGGGGAAGAAUCUGGAUGAAAUCCAGCUUGAUGUGACUGAGACUGUUGACAUGGAUGGGUGUUCACAAGAGGAAGAUGACUUUAUUCCAGAAGUACAGGAGCCUGAAGUUGAGGACAGUGUGGCUUCCACACAGGAACCUACUUCCACACAGGAACCUACUUCCACGCUGCAUUCCCAAUACCAGAGAAAGUCAUCAAAAAAGAGAUGGUGAGCUUAAAAUGUAAAGUGGAUUGAUUGGUCCCGUUCAUCUUGUAACACAUAAUCAGGUCAUCGAUUCAAGGGUUAAAUUCAGCCUGGCGCCAGCUUGGCUGGACUUAAAUUAUUUUACGACAAGAAAUUCCAGAGUCACGUGGGCGAGCUUCAAAGGAGACCUGAAAACCCCCCCAAAUUCCUCCAACACACUGGAGACAAA